GGCCUGCGCGCGGCUGGAAGUGCGGUGGGACCCCGGCCCGGGUGGCACCCGGUGGUGGCCGCGGCGGGCAGGCUGACGAUCACUAUGGAGCUGCUGUCUGCGCUAAGCCUGGGCGAGCUGGCGCUCAGCUUCUCCCGGGUACCGCUCUUCCCUGUCUUCGACCUCAGCUACUUCAUCGUCUCCCUUCUCUACCUCAAGUAUGAGCCUGGCGCUGUGGAGCUGUCGCGCCGCCACCCCGCAGCAUCCUGGCUGUGCGCCAUGCUGCACUGCUUUGGCAGCUACAUCCUGGCCGACCUGCUGCUCGGGGAGCCCGUGAUCGACUACUUCAGCAAUAGCGCCAGUGUGCUGCUCGCCUCAGCCGUGUGGUACCUCACCUUCUUCUGCCCGCUCGACCUCUUCUACAAGUGCGUGAGCUUCCUGCCCAUCAAGCUGGUCUUUGUGGCCAUGAAGGAGGUGGUGCGUGUCCGCAAGAUUGCUGUGGGCAUCCACCAUGCCCACCACCACUACCACCAUGGCUGGUUCAUCAUGAUCGCCACCGGCUGGGUCAAAGGUUCUGGCGUUGCCCUCAUGACCAACUUUGAGCAGCUGCUGCGGGGGAUCUGGAAGCCGGAGACCAACGAGAUUCUGCACAUGUCCUUCCCAAGCAAGGCCAGCCUGUAUGGAGCGGUGCUCUUCACGCUGCAGCAGACACGCUGGCUGCCCAUGUCCAGGGCCACCCUCAUCUUCCUCUUCACCAUGUUCAUGGUGUCCUGCAAGGUGUUCCUGACAGCCACCCACUCCCACGGGUCCCCAUUCGACGUCCUGGAGGGCUAUGUGUGUCCUGUGCUAUUUGGGACAGGCUGGGCUAGUGACCACCACCAUGACAACCACGGCAGCCCACACAGCGGGGGCCCGGGUCCCCAGCACUGCCCAGCAGCCAAGUCCAAGGAGGAGCUGGGCGAGGGCUCCCGGAAGAAGAAGACCAAGAAAGCGGAUUAGGGGCAGCCUUGGGGCUCCAUGGGGGCCCUGACCUCUGCAUGUGCCCCAAGGCGGGGUGGAAUGAGAGGGCUCUGUCCUCCUCCUCGAAGCCCGGGGGUCCCAGGUCCAGCGCCUCCAGCCAGAGCCCUGGCCCAGAUGUUCCUGGUCUGUUUUAUUUUCCUCUGAAAUGGCUUUUUUUUAGGGCUCUUUUCUUCUUUGGUACCAGGAGUUGAACUCAGGGCUUCAUGCCUGCCAGGUAGGCGCCUCGCUGGUGAGCUAUGCUCAGCCCUGAGCUUGGUUCUUGACUCCAAGACUCUCAGAAGUACUCGCUCACCCCUCAGUGACGCCACCGCCACCUGGGCUGUGCUCUCAAAGCCUCUUCCGGCCCAGACUCUGGGCCCAGGGCUGCUGGGCGUCCCAGGCGAGUUGCAGCCCAUCUCCGGGCCUCUGGCCUGUAUGGCAGUAGAGACCUCUGAACUCCCCUGCACAGAAGGGCUGCUGGAAGAUGGCCAGAGAAGGGUUCUAUAAACCUUGAGCCCCAUGGGGUCCAAGAGAGACCCUCAGUAGACACCUCUAGGCUGGGCUGGAGAGGCUGAGGUGGCCGCUGGCCUCAUGCUGCCCCAAACCAAAGAAGUGUGGCCAGUGGGGCGGGGCCUCCGAGCCCUGGCUGUGCGUUUGAGCCCCAGAAGCAUCGGGCCUUCCUCAUGCUUCACUGAUGCCCAUUUAGUCACUCAACAGGCACCCUGAAUCUCCUCUGGGAGCGGGGCGAUGGUGGUGAGCAAGGGGGACAGCAGCUCCUCGUCUUGACCUUCAUCACCAGGACGUCCAGGAGGGGUGAGCGGGUCCCCGCGGCGCCCGCCUGGUGGGAAAGUGCCUUGCUGCAGUGGUUUCCAGGUGGCCAUGCAGCCGGUCUCUGCCUGCUGAAUGCCCAGUCCAGCCCAGAUCAACCAAUAAACCCGCUGUGCAAGACCCUU